CGUAAACAAACGCGCUGAAGAAACAGCGGCGGCGGCUUCGGGUGACGCAGGUUAUCCCCAAACACUACGCGGUUUUAACACACAUUUAACUUUUUGAAACAUCUUUAUUUAUUGUGAAUGGCAGCCUCUUCAUCCUCGUCCUCGGCCGGAGGAGUCAGCGGCAGUUCGGUGACCGGGUCCGGCUUCAGCGCUUCGGAGCUCAUCCCGCCCAGAAAAGUGCUCUACACCUACCCGAAAGGAGCCGGAGAGAUGAUGGAGGAUGGAUCCGAUCGCUUUUUAUGCGAGUCUGUGUUCAGCUAUCAGGUCGCCUCCACGCUGAAGCAGGUUAAACACGAUCAGCAGGUGUCACGGAUGGAGCGUCUGGCUGGACUCGUGGAGCAGCUGGAGGCAGACGAGUGGAAAUAUAAACCCAUCGAGCAGCUCCUGGGAUUCACCACCUCAUGACCGCGUUCGGACCCGUCUCUCCGCUCCGAAACACAUUCGCCGCUUUCUCCAACGAGCUGAAGUUCUUAUGAAUGUACUGUAGGUGUGUGUGUGUGUGUGUGUGUGUGUGUGUGUGUGUGUGUGUUUUGCACUGGUUUCUAAUCGUUUGUGCUCGUGUUUUUGGAUACAGCCUUCGGAAUACUUCAAAAUAACCCUGUGUUUUCUCAGUGUGGAUUUUUACAUGUAUGACCUCCGAACACACGUACAAUAAAAGUCUUUUUGAACACAA